AUGGAGGUUUGGUCGGGGAAUAUCGCAACAGGCACAGGAUCGUUAGCGGUCAAACUUCUCAAUUCUUCUCCACAUCGCCAAUGUGUGAUUCCAAAAGAUGUGAAACUCUCCCUCCACAGCCUCGUGAACCCGGCAUUGAUACCACUCUACGCCCGCGCGGGGCCCAGCGUCGAAGUACACAGUACCAACAUAGAAACUUCGCAAUGGCUCAAGACCAGACUAUUGGGCAGCAUUUGGUUGGAAGAGGAUGAUGACCUUGACAGAUGCAAAUCAAUGCAAUGCCCGGUCGGCCUUCUUAUCAGCGUCGAAGGCUCCGGGGGAGGCCAUCCCUCUGGAUGCAUUGUGUCGGAUCUUCUUAUCUACGGGGUCUUGUCCACCCCAGAAACUCUAGGGCGACCUCCUUCACCUCCGAACUCUUCUUCUCCAGGAGAUAUGAUGCAGGAUGAGCUGCAUCUUGCACUCAAGCGAGAUCUGCGGAUAUAUGCUGCACCGUUAUCGGCGUCUUUCGUGCAAAAAGCUCAGAGCCUGCCUUCUCCGCCUUCAAGUCCGGAGAAUAAUAAUUCGGGAUGUGAGCCUGAGUUUGCCCAAUUCAUUCCGGAUCUACGAUCGCCAAGUCCGAAGCGAAAGCGCAUAGCGACGAUUUUUGAGGUUGCUGCGCAGCACCACAGGAGAGUCCGGCAACGGGGAGGAGAAGCAGUAUCGCAACUAAUGGCCACUGCAACCUCACUGUCCCAGACAGCUCCUCAUCUACCUCCGUUGACGGUAAAGAAGGAGCCGGAAGAAGUCGGCAAACCUGCCUUGGAGAGAUUGGGAUCGAGACGGUCACGAUCUGUUUCUCUGAGCGGGAAUCUGCGUGUUGGUAAGACUCCGGAUGCGCGCGAAGAUCCCAGACCUAGCACCGCGAAAGGCCAAAUUCGUCGGACAGCGAGCAAACGAGAGCUCUCUCAUUCUUUUCUCGAGACAGAAAGUCAGCCAGCAGCACCGUCUCCUCUGCCUGCCGGCCAGGAAGAUGAAGAGUCGGAGGCAUCGCCAAAAGAUGCUGAGACGAUCAUAUCUGAGAAUAAGGCCUUGAUUACUCGCACAAUACUGACAUGCAUGCGUCUGUACGGCUAUCACCGGAAAGCCAGCCGAUCGUCUUCUACGAGCAAGAACAACGUCACAAAUUCCCACCAGGAUGUCGAUCCCCUAAACGAGGACAGCAUUGUUGCAGAAACUUUGACUGCGCCAGCGGAGCAUGGUCAUGGUCCAGCUAUCUCGGACGAGGACGAAUUCAAGGCCAUGUACCACGCGACGUACAAAGCAUCCACGUUUGCACUGCGGAAAUACCUCAAGGAGAGACGUCCUCCCUCAGACGACAUUUCCACAAGCGUGACUGUUCCGGUCCUAUCGAAAGAGAGAGUAACCAACGUAGUAGACGGCAUUCUAAAGCUGUUUUGCGAGGAUAACUGA